AUGACUCAUCCGAUUGCAUCAGAGGGCCGCCUUGUUGUUGUGGACUAUAUCCUGUUCAUUGAAUCGGCCGAGGCGGAGAUUGCUCAAAACAUCGGUGGUCAACGGGCUCCAUCGGGUCCUUUGAAGAAGCAAUGGGAUAAAGUCGUUCCCACCAGUAACAGCUUGGCGUCCUGGCGUACCGAUGUUGGUUCCCACACCUGGGAAGAAUUCAAGCGACAGAUCGUCUACCUCCUCAGUAGCCCAUGUCCAUUAUUUGCGAAAAUGUUAGCGCAAGAGUUGGAGAACAACUCAAUCAAAUGGCAGCUAAUUCUUUCAGGCAGUCGGGUCUUUGGCCCGAAGAAGUUCUACUAUGCCUCUGGUGAUCAGGACUUAUACGAGUUUGCGGCCACCAUUCACGAUAACCCAAAGGCAGCGGUCACAGUUAAGCUGGUGAUGGACGACCCCCAGGCAAAGGCUAAACAGUUGGCCCUGGCAAAGAAUACUCAAGACAGUCUGACCUUGAAGUUUGGGAAGGAAGAAGAGCGCAAGGCGCUGGAACUGCAAAAGGCUCGUCUAAUUUUGAACCCAAAGGCCGACACUUCAUCUAAUCCAUUGACCCCUGUGCUCGCGCAGUUGAUGGGUCACAUCAAGGGGAAGUUUGGCCUCAAUGAAGAGCAGCUCUGGAUUGGAAACCCCGAUAAUGACGAGGAGGGGAUGCAAAUAUACAACAACCAACUUACGGCUUGGGCACGGGCGAUCCAGAAUGCUAAGAACCCGGCAAUUGAUCUCGAUCAUCCUCCUCAGACCGAAGAGUUCAAGUGGAUCAAACGUCGGGUGCCUACUCUUGACAGUUUGAUCGGUCAGACAAGCCCGCACAUCUCUCGUCGGUCGGCUCCAGCUUCCAACAGAUCUGGGUCGACUCGUGCGGUCGGUGCAUCUGGUGUGGUCACCCCUGCCCCUUCAAAGGAGUCUAAGGCAGAGUUACCAUCUCAUAUGCACAUUGAAGAGGAGUUCCCUCUCUUCCCGGCGGAAUCCGAGUCGGAGGUCGAGGUUGUUUGGGAUGUCCCAAAAGUCGGCGGGACCCCUGCCGACUCGCCCAUUGGUGGAACUCGUGGUGGAUCACCGGCUCGCAAGUACAUCCGCAGCCCAACCGGCGAUGUGAUGGGGUCCGCUAUGAGCAAGCUGUCUUUCUUGCGCACAAAAGCCAGCGGUCAUCGAUCGCCACCAAUCUCACCCCCUCGGAAAACCCCCACGUCCGUUGGCCGAUCAGCGUUGUCAGGGUCACGUGUUGCGUCGGGGUCCUCUCUCCCGCCGAUGUUGGUCUUGCGGGCUCCCAACCUCGCUGCUGAUGCACAUACGACUCCGGAAUUUGCUGCCUUGAUGGGCCCCGACUCACUGGACCUCGUUCCUAACUCUGACCCACCGAGACCUUGUCUAUUGAGCUUCCCCGAGGCAACUGCCCGUCAAAUAAUCUAUGGCGCGACAAGCCUCCGGGCCGAUCUAUUAGAGCAGUAA